AUGGCAACGUCUUGGCUUUCGAUGACUUAUCAAUCGUUUAUUCGAACUCAUGCCAUGUUUGAGAAGUACAAUGCUGCCCAGAAAAUGGCUACGUCUUGGCUUUCGAUGACUUAUCAGUCGUUUAUUCGAACUCAUGCCAUGUUUGAGAAGUACAAUGUUACGACGUUAACAGAAGAACUGUCUGCUGGAGGAGGUGGAGAGUAUGAAGUACAGGUGAGGCCGAAAAUCAUGUAG